CGGGCCAUGCUCAGUGCGCUCGGCGGCGCCCCGCCUCCGCCUGACCCGGAUACAGACGGGCGCCGCCUGCCCGCCGCGGUGCGGAGCCGGCCGGCCCCGCCGAGCGCAGGGAGCGGAGCCAUGGGGCCGCGCUGAGCGCCCGCCGCCCGCCCGCCCUCAGCCCGGCCAUGGCGCCCAUGGGGAUCCGCCUGUCGCCGCUCGGCAUGGCCGUGUUUUGCCUGCUGGGGCUCGGCGUCCUCUACCACCUCUACUCCGGCUUCCUGGCCGGCCGCUUCGCCUUCUUCAUGCUGAGCGAGCCGGCGGCCGGCGGGGCCGAGCCCCCCCGCGGCUCCGCGGCCGCCGUGGACCUGCGGGAGCUGCUGGCCGUGUCCGUGCUGGCCGCCGUGCGGGGCGGCGAGGAGGUGAAGCGGGUCCGCGAGGGCAACGUCCUCAACGAGAAGGCGAAGGGGAAGACGCGGGAGGGAGCCGAGGAGAAGCUGACGAGCGGAGACCUCCUGUCCAACCGCAGGAUGUACCACCUGCUGCAGGCCGCCUUCCCCGGCGUGCAGAUAAACUCUGAAGAACGUGUUGAUACAGCUGAUCAGGAGACAGUCUCUUGGGAUCGCAGUAUACCUGAAGAGAUAAAACAAAAAAUACAACCUAAAGAGGUUCCAGCAGAAAGUGUUACUGUCUGGAUCGAUCCAUUAGAUGCUACACAAGAAUACACAGAGGAUCUUCGGCAGUAUGUCACAACGAUGGUUUGUGUGGCUGUAAAUGGUAAACCAGUAAUAGGAGUGAUACAUAAGCCGUUCUCAGCAUAUACAGCCUGGGCAAUGGUGGAUGGCGGGUCAAAUGUAAAAGCUCGUUCCUCCUACAAUGAGAAAACUCCAAGGAUUAUUGUAUCCCGCUCCCACGCAGGAAGAGUGAAGCAGGUUGCACGACAGACUUUUGGAAAUAAGACUGUGAUAAUCCCCGCUGGUGGAGCAGGUUAUAAAGUGCUGGCCCUCCUUGACGUAGCUGAAAAGAAUCAAGAAGAAGCUGAUGUGUAUAUCCAUGUCACCUAUAUUAAGAAGUGGGACAUCUGUGCUGGAAAUGCGGUGUUGAGAGCAUUGGGUGGCCAUAUGACUACCCUGAGUGGUGAAGAAAUCAGUUACACUGGCUCAGAUGGCAAUGAGGGGGGACUUAUAGCCAGUAUCAACGUGAACCAUAGAGCACUGAUUGAAAAACUUCCAGAUCUGGAAGAAACGUCACACAAACUUGACUGAUGGAGAAAUACAAGUCAUGCUUUUGUAAGCCUCCAGAUGGUCUGACUGAAGAAGCAAGUGUGAAAACCUGCUGGGAAAGAUGUGCAGCAAAGCAGUUUGGUGUGGGUUUGGGGACUGCAUUUGCAUUGGGUUUCUUCAGUGGUGGUAUUUAAAAAAACAAAAACAAAUAAAAACAACAACACAGUAAUAAUAA